GUCAAAAAACAUCAGAAAUUUCCAACACAGAAUGAUAAGAAAAAAUGCACUGUUCAAAAUUUAUCGUUAUCGAGUUAAUUCUGCACUAAUAAUCCCUAAUUCAAUAUGACUUCGAGUAAUUUCAGUUUGAAAGUGAAAACCAAAGACAGAAAUAUAGAGAUAAAGGACAGCCUCAGUUUAGAAACCAAGUUAACGGAACUUCAAAAUAUCAUAUCAGAAGCUGCAGGUAUAGCCAGUUCGAACCUAAAAGUAUUAUUUGGAUACCCUCGAAAGGCGUUGAAUUUUGGCGAAUUCGAUAAUAUCAAACAAGCUGGAAUCAAACCAGGUGAUACUUUAUUUGUGGAAGAGAGUACUGGCGCUGGUAAAGCGUCAACUCAGUCAACAGCUAGUGGUCAAGAUUCGUCCAACGUAUUGACUUCCAGUGAUACGCCUAAAAACAUUUCCAACGAACAAAAGUCUCAUAUAAGCGAUGUGAUGCCUCGUGAAGUGAAAGGCAUAUUAUUAAAGAAAGAAGUUCCUUCGGAUAAUUCUUGCUUAUUCACUAGCCUAGCUUUUGUACUCUCAGGUAAAAUCGACGUUUCCACUAGCUCGUUUAUGAGACAAUUAGUAGCAGAUAAGAUAUCAUCUCAGCCGGACGAAUACAGCGAUGCAAUUCUAGGGAAACCGAAUAAAGAAUACUGUACUUGGAUUUUGAAUCCAAAUUCUUGGGGAGGUGCCAUCGAAUUAGCCGUUUUAAGCGAUCAUUAUGGUUUUGAAAUCGCUGUAGUUAACUCAGUCACUGGCGUGAUCAGUCGAUUCGGUGAAGAUAAACACUACGAUCACAGAGUGUUUCUGUUAUUCGAUGGAAUUCAUUACGAUCCUUUGUAUAUGGAUUUUAUUCAGACUGAAAACAUGCAAACAAUAUUCCCAACCAGCGAUGAAGAUGCUCUUAGAGAUGCUCAACAAUUAGCCCGCGAAGCCAAAGAAAGUAGGCAGUUCACGGAUGUGAAUCAAUUCAUGAUAUGCUGUACGCAAUGCAACGCAAUUUUAGUAGGUCAAUUAGAAGCUCAAAAACACGCCGAACAAACCGGACAUACUAAAUUUGACGAAGUAUCCAAGUAAAAUUCAUUAUUCUCGAGAAGAAUACGGGUAUUUGAUUUUCCAAAGAUUGUUGUCGUUUUGCUCUAAAUUUUUAAGCAAAUUUUUUGAAAUGCGAGCCUUCACAAGUUGAUACAUAUGUUAGUUUAGGUUUAUAUUUCAAAUAUUCGCCAUUUACUUAUUGUGAUUCAGUUUCAAAACUUCCAAGUUGUUGUAUGUUUUUAACACAAGUUUGCUAUAUGUUCCUUGAAGGAAUUUCUAUAAAUUUUCUCGAUGAAGCCAAAUGUUCCACUUUUGCGAAUUCGUAGCAGUGUUUUAAUUUUUACGGUGUUUCUACAUAAGUUUGUAGUUGUUCUUGUGCAAUAUACGUUUGUAUAAUAA